AAAGACGCAUCCCCACCAGUUUACUUCCGGUCGAUUACUUAACAAUCUCCGAAAAUUUUUAACAGAAAACGCGAAAAAUAUUUCAAAAUUGUAAAAGCAGUGUGUCUAUUGGAAGUUUGUUUAGGAUGUCACUGAUGAUUUAGAGCGGAUGGCUUGUUAAAUAGCGCGGAUUCUAAUAGACUCUUUUGUAUCUUAUCGGUUGAGGUUCCCGCCUUCCCUCCGGAAGUAAACUGGUGGCAACGCCACUUUAAGACUGUGCGAUGGGUGGGGUGAGCAAACGCCAUAAAAUCUUCAGUACACACGGUUUCCCACACUGAUCAGCUGGGUUGUUCCCUCCGUACGUUUCUGGUUAAAAUCCGGGAAUAGAUAAUUGGAAUGAAACGCCGUUGACCGGAAGUAGGGUGUAGUCGCAUCACCGCACCAGUCAUCACAUCGCUUUUCACAUGUAUUGAACAGACCGCUGACAUGAAAACCUGACGAGGGAAAAGCGAUCGUCGAAUUAAGCCGCCUUCACGAGAAACAUGGGUAUGAUCAGAUCUCAAAUUAUCUUGCAAAAAUUCCUCUAAAAUAACUUACUUACCAUUAUAGUGUCGUGGACAACUUCAUCCACCCCAAGAAACACGAACUACUUACACUCGCCCUCUUCCUGGCAUUUUGUUUCAAGAUGUGCUGACCAAAGCACCUGUGCUCCUGUGGAUAUUUAAUGGACCCUGGCUUUCCGUUCCUUUACAUUUUUUUUCCUUUCCUUCACUUUCGGUUCCGAUGUUUGCUAGCUUAUUUUCCCUUCACUUUUAUCUCUACCUCUUUCUUUUUUUUAUCACUUUAUCACAAACUGAGCUUAAAAAACCUGUGGGAAGGCCCACAGGGGUAUCUGUCAAAAAAACUGGAAGUCCAUCUCUCUCCCUCGAAUUCCUCCUAAGUCUCCCUCUCCCGCAUAUCUCCACAGUUUGCCCGCUCAUUUUCGAACGUGUUUUUGCCGAUAGGGAGCAAGAAACAGGCGCGUACCCAGGAUUUGCUAGGGGGGGGGGGGGGGGCAGUCAUACGUAUCAUAUGAAAAAGGCACAUUAUUUAAAGAUUCCUUAACCCAUUUACUUCUAGUUAUUUUUAAGAUGAAUUAACAAAAACAAAAAAAAAAAAAAAGACUGAAAACAGAUAUCCCCCUAUUUUGAGUUUUAUACAGCCCGUCAAGAAGAAGAAACCCAUAUAAAAACAAUAGAUUUCCGCGCUUUCCUUGUUUUGAUUCGAAUCGUCUUCCCUGCUUGGUCGUCCCGGCCUUCGAAACCACUUAGAAGUUUUAGCGACGACCAAAAGCUCUUGAACCGUACAGAUUUCUAAUAGAUUCCUUUGUCUAUCCAAAAGCAUGUGCUUAUAGAUGUGUGUGUGUACUCUGGUGAUCGAGGACCUCGUGUCAAACAUUUGCUUUCCUGUAGAUGCAUCAAACAUUGAAGAACAGAAACUCCUCCAUAUAGAUAAAUCCUACAAAACCGUAGCCACCCCCAUGCAUGCUAGCCUUAGUUGGAACAUACCUUUAGUUUGUUUUGGAGCUUAGAUUUUCGGUGAUGUGUCAGCUGUGCUAUCACGCUCUUCCGGCGAUGUAACAUAAAUCGCGACCGCUUUUUUAUUAAGUUUUGUCGCUUAUUUUAAAUCCUCAACUAGGCAAUGUUUUAUCAUACUUACCAGACUGAAAGAUACAAGAGUUUUACCAACACCUAUGGCGUCAAUAUCAAACCGCAAAUCAAGUACGAUGAAAGCAAGAUGAUGAUAGCAGUAUUUUUGAACAUCCGGUUUGCUGCGGCUCGUUAUGUUGAAAUUUUAAAGUGAUAACGACGACAUGAUACGAUUAAUCGAUGAUCCAAAGCACUAUAAUAUAAAGGUUUCCUAAGUAUUUAGAGAAAAAACCCAUGAGACGGUGGAAAUAAGCGAGACACUGCGCAAGCAUAGGCCGAACAUCUUGAGCAAGCUUUGGAGCCAAUCGGGGCACAUGAAGUCCUCUGCACGCUAUAACUACGAGCGCUUGCAGUAUUAAAGUAUGAUAUUUUGUAUUACCUCUAAAAGAAGACGCGCUUCUAAACAAGGAUACAAAUUGCAUAUGACAGAAUGUCAAAUAUGCGUGAAAUAACGUAGCACAUUUGCGCUUAGUGAUGUUGUCUUAGCAUUUCACAACGGAAUGUUUUUUUUGUUCAGAUUAGAAAGGAAAUAAAUGGUGAUCCUAGUAUGACAUCCCUACCCCUAUAACUAAGCGAAAUAUACUGGUUCCGCCGGUUCCGCUUUUCAGUAAUGCCGCUGGGCGGCAACUUCUCGACUCUAAGUUUUGGCGGCGGAACAGGUGAAAUGGAUGUCCAUCUUCUAGAAGCAGUAAAAACACUUGCACAGCUACAGUGCAAUUUCGUGAAGGAAACGAUCGAGCGUUUUGUCGACGAUGACCAGUCUAAUAAGCGCUACGACCUUAUUCACUUGAUACACUCUUUGUACUACGUGCACAGGUCCGAUCGAGACGUCCUCUUGGAACGCCUGUACCGCGAAAAGCUGGCAAAGAAAGUUAUACUCAUCAUCAUUUCACAGCAAUCGGAUAUCGUGGAUAAUUCUUCCAUGUCAAAACACGUUCUUCGCAUAAUUAAGAAGAACAAUUGGUCUCACGAGGUUUUCCCUUUUGAUAGAAGCGAGAUUUUUAUGGAUAAAUCCACGGAAGGGAACUUGCUUCUUGAUUUUUUAACGCACUAUAAGGAUUUCCGCGUGACAGCGCAGAGAGAGUGAAUGCUAGUCUUGGGUUUAUAAGGAGUCAGGUUUUUGAGAGGGAUGGGCAGCUCAUGGUCAAGUAUGGGAACGAACUUAUCGUAAUUUUCAAGGACUAGCUGUGACUUGGAAGAAGUGAUCAGGACUUCUCGAACAUUUUGGUGGUUCGAUGGGACGUUAGAGACAGCGCGGUAACAACGACGACGACAGCGAUGACGACAACAGCAACGACGACGAGAAACAAUA